AUGUUUUACGAUUUAAACAUCCCAUGGCCGACGUGCACGGUCACUGCAGCGCCACCCACCAAAAAAGCGAAGAAGACCAACACGCAAGCAGCGCCAACCACAAUUGUGCCUGACCUUUGCGGGAACCCGCUUGAUGCACUUUCAGCAAACGACCGCCAAAGACUCACCGAGCUAACGUACGAGCUCAGCGAGCUGGGCUACGCGACUGUAGCGUACAACCAGACCGUGUAUACCAAGUACGAUCCAUCCACGCACCCAAAUCCAUUUCCCUUAAAAUCCAACGUUCCUUUCCCGAAACUCGACCCACGGACGCGCGCGCAAGCAGGGGCGCCGACAAGCGGCGCGUCCCUCACGCAAUUAUCGCGCCUGACCCUUGUGUUGGACAAAGAUCACGCGAUCAAAGGCGGUACUGGGUUUGUCGCGACAAACAGCAUUGCGUUGCAGAAGUACGACCUUCUCGCUGCGCAGCCACAGACCGAGGCGACGUUCCAGCACGCAUGCACCACACUGAGCGAGCUAAAACCGUUUAGCAUCGAUAUCAUCUCGCUGGACCUUGCAGCCGCGCCGCGCCUUCCAUUCUAUCUGAAGCGCAGCACGGUUGGUGCGGCACUUGCGAAUGGGGCUGUAUUUGAAAUAGACUACAGCGCCGCUGUCGAUCCUUCGUGCGACCAAAAAAACGUCUCCGUCCUGCGCCGCAACAUUUUUAGCGGUGCGCGCGAUAUUUUGCGUGUGACAAAUGGCAAGGGCGUCAUUUUGUCUAGCGGUGCACGCAACGCUCUGGGCCUACGUGCGCCUUACGACGUGAUGAAUCUCGCUACAUUAAUGGGCAUUACACCAAUCGCCGCAAAAGAUACCCUUUCGAAUACAUGCAAGUCACUACUUGUCCGUGCGCGAACGCGCCAGACCUUCCGCGGCGCCGUGUCACAGCCGACGCUUGUGCGCACACCGGCACCAAGCGAUGUUCGCGACGCGACGGCCAUGCAAGGGCGCAAACGAAGGAAACAGGCACUGUUUUAG